AUGGCCGAGACCCCGCCCGGCGGUGGGGAACGCGGCGAAGCUGAGGGGCGACUGACGGAUGACUUACGGCAAAAAUGGAUGUCGCCCGACGCGGGUCGCGUGGAAAAGAGGUCGCGGAUUGGCAUGUGGUACAAUGUCGACCUGCUGGCUCGAAUGGAUUUGAGAUGGAUCCGCGCCAGGGGCGGAGCCGACUUCCCCCGGGACACCAAGGCCUGGGUUGGAAAGGGGGGCCGCAUCGAGCUGGUGAGAGGCCGGACGGAGGUCAUCUACGCGGAAGGGGAGCGCACUUGGACGGUACAGUUGGAUGGGGAAAAGCGGGUCUUCAGGGCAGACUCGCCUGAGCAUGCGGCUCAGUGGGUGGCCGCUCUUCGGUGGCGUGUGUGCCCAUGGAUUCAACUGCUGAGGGGCCAGGGCCCCGAAUGGCAGAAUCAGCUUGGCGCCUUGCAGGAACACGACCAGGCGAGCGGGCCUCUGCGCAUGGGCCAUUUGCAAGUGGCCCAGUCUGCAGUGCGCAUGAUGGACACUGCAACAGAGAUCGCAGGGGAGGUAUUGGGCAAAUUGCCUGUCGUUGGGCCAGCUUUUUCAGUGCUGGCCUUCGCCCUGGAAGUGGCAGGCAGAAUCAAGGCUGACAUUGAUGGCCUGCGCCCUGCACAGUCUGGGCUUGGGCGUGUCGCUCGACGAACCAUGGAAACGUUGCAGGGAGGUUUGGAGCAGCAGCCGGAGGGCCGCCUUGACGAGCUCUCAGAGCUGAUGGAGGUGAUCGAAGAGGGCGCUCGACAGCUUGAGGGCUAUGAGUUUCAGUCAAAUGUGCGGAUGAUGGUGCAUGGAAUAUUCAAGGGAAAGCCGGGCCCAGCAGCCGUUGCAGAACUGGUCUCACAGUGCGAGUCACGCCUGGCAUUCCACGAGGUCCAUGGCAUGCAUGAGUUGGUGCAGGACAUGCCAAAGCAAGUGGCAACAGCAGCCGUGUCGGCAAUGCGAGAGGAGGGAAAUCCGAGUUGUGCAUCAUCUUACAUUCCUGUUAACCCCAAAGCCAUCGGUCCUGAGGCCCAGGCAGCAGUGAUAAAAAAGUUGAUUCUCAGCGAUACUACCAAAUAUGUUGCGUUGGUGGGCAUGGGUGGAGUGGGCAAGACCACCCUAGCAAUGUGUGUGGUAAAUGAUCCAGAUGUGCGAAGCAGAUUCCAGAAAAAUGAACAAACCAAAUGUCUUGGCUUGGCGUUUGUGGUAGUUUCGCAGAACCCUGACAUCGUGGACUGUCAAAAGCGAAUUUGGGAGGCCCUUUUAGGAGGUAAAGUGGAUUUUGUCAAUGCAGAGGACGGAAAGCGGCGGUUGGAAGCUGCGUUGCAAGACAAAUCUUUUUGUCUUGUUUUGGAUGACACCUGGGAUGAAGCUGACAUGGACCAGCUUGAUGUUGCAUCGCCAUAUAGCCGGGUGCUCAUAACUUCGCGAAAUGACAAGGUUGCACAUAUUUUGGGAGCUAAGUGCCAUGAUGUGACACCUUUGGAUGAGGCACAGUCGCAUCAAUUGUUUUGCAAGCAUGCCUUUGAUGGUGACAUGCCGAAAAAAUGGCAAGAGAAGCAAGUACAAGAGAUCAUCAAAAAAUGCGCAGGGCUUCCCCUCUCUUUGGAGAUUAUGGGGAAGUUG